UCCUAUGUUAGUAGGUGGUGACUACCAAUUGGUUAUCCUCGAAAGCACUUAUUUCCAACUCGAAGAUUCGUUGUUUCGUGCAUGUUCCGCGUUGAGUACGUUUUUAUCCCUAAUCGAGAAAAUCUAUAUCAGUAAUCGAAGGAGACGGGGUAGGAGGGCAGUGGAUAGUUACUCGAGAGAGGGCAAGAAGAGCCUGGAAGUGCAGCAGCAUGGAAGUGACGCCAAUGAGGGUGAACUUCUCUUCACCACCUCCGGAAGAGGAAGUUGUGAUCUCGGGAAUCGCAGGCAGAUUCCCGGAAUGCGAGAAUGUGGCACAGCUGUGGGAAGGUCUGCUGAACAAGGUGGACCUCAUCACGUCCAACUAUGGGCGAUGGAGGCUAGAUCACGCGGAAAUUCCACGGGACGGCGGCAAGAUUAGCAACUUGUCGAAGUUCGACGCGAUCUUCUUCGGUGUCCACUAUAAGCAAGCCCACACCUUGGAUCCCAUGUGCAGGAUGCUACUGGAGCACGCCUACGAAGCCAUCGUCGACGCGGGCUUGAAUCCGCGGCAGCUGCGCGGGUCUAACACCGGUGUUGUCAUAGGCUCGUGCAUCAGCGAGUCGGAGAAGACUUGGUUCUACGAAAAAUUGCAGGCAAACGGUUUCGGUAUCACUGGCUGCAGCAGAGCCAUGUUGUCGAACAGAAUUUCUUACUUCCUGGGUCUGCACGGUCCAUCGUACGCGAUAGACACAGCUUGCAGUUCCAGCUUGGUGGCUAUGGAUCAGGCUUACAGAAUGAUACGAACAGGAGUAUGCGAUCGAGUCAUCGUCGGUGGCUCGAAUCUCUGUCUCCAUCCCUACGUGUCGCUCCAGUUCGCGCGACUCGGUGUACUGUCCACGGACUGUCGCUGCAAGUCCUUCGACGCGUCAGCCAACGGCUACGUGCGCAGCGAGGCUGUGAGCGUGAUCCUUUUGGAAAGAGCAGACAUAGCCAAAAGAAAUUACGCGACGGUAGUCUACACGAAAUCGAAUUGCGAUGGUUACAAGGAGCAAGGUAUCACGUUCCCCGCCAGCUCGAUACAGAGAAUGCUUCUCGAGGACUUCUACAAGGAGUGCAAAAUCCCCCCAUCUUCCCUCGCCUUCUUGGAGGCUCACGGCACCGGAACCAGUGUCGGCGACCCUGAGGAAUUGAACGCCAUCGAGAAAGUCUUCUGCAAAGACAGAACCACGCCUCUUCCGAUUGGUUCCGUAAAAUCAAGUCUGGGACAUACCGAGCCUGCCAGCGGUAUCUGCUCUAUCGCCAAGAUUAUCAUCGCCAAUGAAUCUGGGUUCAUUCCACCCAACCUGCACUUCAAGAGUCCUCCAAAGGGCGUAAAAUGCUUCGAGGAAGGAAAGGUACAGGUCGUCACAGAGAAAAUGCCGUGGAAAGGUGGCUACGUGGGAGUAAACUCCUUUGGUUUCGGUGGUGCAAAUGCUCACAUUUUAUUAAAAACCAACCCUAAAGAGAAAGUCAACAAAGGGGCGCCUACUGAUGAUUUGCCAAGGCUGGUAGUUGCGUCUGGACGUUCGGAGGAAGCGGUCGACAAACUUCUCUAUUCCGCGAACACUACACCGAUCGAUGUAGAAUAUAUCCGACUGUUGCAUGACAUUCAUUCCGAUAGUAUAGCCUGUCACUUGUUCAGAGGGUACAUUAUUCUCGGGUCUAAGAUACACGAAACGCCGCCAAAGGAGAUUUACGAGUACCCUGGCAUGAAGAGACCGAUUUGGUUCGUAUUCUCUGGAAUGGGAUCGCAGUGGGCUGGCAUGGGGGAGGCGUUGAUGAAAUUCUCAGUUUUCGCCGAUGCUAUACGAAAGUGCGACGCAGCGUUGAAGCCGUACGGCGUUGAUAUCGUCGAUAUCAUCACGAACAAGGACCCCAAGACUUUCGACAACAUUCUUAAUUCUUUCGUUGGAAUUGCUGCAAUACAGAUUGGUCUGGUGGAUCUGCUAACAUCAGUGGGCAUUGUCCCAGACAAUAUAAUUGGUCAUUCGGUGGGUGAACUUGGUUGCGCCUAUGCCGAUGGCUGCUUCACCGCUGAACAAAUGGUCCUUUCGGCGUAUUCCAGAGGUCUGGCGUCCAUCGAGACGGAAAUGAUUCGAGGAUCCAUGGCGGCGGUUGGUCUCGGCUACGAGGAGAUAAAGGACAUGUGUCCACCAGACAUCGAAGUGGCGUGCCACAAUGGUCCCGACAGUUGCACCAUCAGUGGCCCAGCGGAGUCCAUGACGGAGUUUGUGGCCAAGUUGCAGGCGAACAAGAUCUUCGCAAAGGAGGUACCCUGCAGCAACAUCGCCUACCAUAGUCGCUACAUCGCGAAUGCAGGCCCGAAACUCCUGGCGUACUUGAAGAAAGUGAUACCCGAGCCGAAACCACGAAGCGAGAAAUGGUUGAGCACGUCGGUGCCUCGUAGUCAAUGGUCGACGCAUGACGCCAAGUUCUCCUCCGCUGAAUAUCACACCAACAACUUGCUGAACUCGGUACUCUUCGCUGAAACAGCGACCAUGAUACCCGCGGACGCGAUAGCCAUCGAGAUCGCACCUCACGGGCUCUUGCAGGCCAUUCUUAAAAGGUCAUUGGACCCGAACGUAACGAACGUACCCUUGACGCAACGCGGGCACAAGGACAAUGCCGUGUAUUUCCUCCAAGCCUUGGGAAAACUGUACAACGUUGGUCUGCAGCCGCAAAUCGCAAAUCUCUAUCCUCCUGUUGAGUACCCUGUCAGUCGCUGCACGCCGAUGAUCUCUCCUCACAUAAAGUGGGAACACAAAGAUGACUGGUUCGUGCCACUUUACACACAACGUCAGAAGAUAACCACGUCGGAGAGGACCGUAGAAAUUGCCCUGAAGGAUGAAAACUACGAGUACAUGGUUCAUCAUGUAAUCGAUGGGCGAAACUUGGUCCCAGCUACUGGAUACUUGAUCUUGGCGUGGGAGACUAUCAGCAUGUUGCAGGGGAGACUCUACGACGAGGUGUCGAUUGUGUUAGAGGACAUAAAGUUCGAACGCGCCACUACCAUCACCAAAGACGGUUCCGUUCAGUUAACAGUUAUGAUUCACAGAGGUUCUGGAAGAUUCGAAAUAUCCGAGGGGAGUACAACCGUGGUAACAGGAAUAAUUCGCACAGUGACUAAUCCUGCGCAAGAGAUGAUUUCCCCAAAGUUCCUCACACCUAUGGAGGACGAGGAACCUUUGACCAACAAAGACAUUUACAAAGAGUUGAAACUACGCGGCUACGAAUACACUGGACCAUUCCGUGGAAUAAAGAGUGCAUCGUUCAAGGGGACGAAGGGACAUCUCACAUGGAAGAAGAACUGGGCCGCGUUUAUGGAUAACAUGCUGCAAAUUAAGUUGCUGGGGAUAGAUACCAGAGCUCUGUUCGUGCCUACAGGAAUAAGGAAGAUGGUCAUAGACGUCAAGACUCAUACCGAUCAAAUUCGAAACUUUGCUGAGGAGGAUAUUGAUCUCCCGGUCUACGUGUACACCGAUUACGACGCGAUAGUAUGCGGAGGGAUAGAGAUACAAGGCCUGAAAGCUAACGCCAUUCAACGAAGAAAAGUAAUGGCAGUUCCAGUUUUGGAGGAGUACAAAUUCGUGGCUCAUCGCGACAAAGCGGAAACCACGUUGGAAGAAAUGAUCGUGUUGUCGACUCACCUAGCCCUCGAAAGUCAUAUAAUAGGCAACCCAAAGAUCAUUGAGCUAAUCGAUUCUGAGGACACCGUAGUCACCGAAGAGGUUCUCGUUCCUACGAUCAUCAAGGUGCUCGGAGAUUUGCCAAUGAUUCGUCCAAACGUAAUUCUAGCCGCGGAAUUCGAACGCUGCGAGAAAUUAGCUCUGGCCGAGAGCAUCGUCACGAUAGAACCGAAGAAAUUACCAGAAGACGGCACCGUCUUCAUAGUAAUCGCGUACGACAUCUUGACGCAGAAGAAGCAGGCCACGAUGGAUCGAAUUCUGCUCGCGAUUUCCGAUUACGGUUUCGUUCUGGCUCGAGAGGCAAUCGUCAACGAGGAGACCUAUUCCUACGCGCAGAAGUGUGGCCUGGACGUUGUGUUAGAGAAGAGCUUCAAGGGCCACACGCUGUUGUUUUUGAAAAAGCAGGAGAAUCCUCCUUCGAGGACGGAGGUCGUAUACGUGAACAACGACGAGUUCAGCUGGCUCGGUAAGAUGCAAGAAUUGUUGAAGGCCGAAGACGGGAAGAAGAGCAACGAAAGAGACAUCAGAGUGAUCCUGGUCGCCGAGGGUGACCUGGAAAGUGGAGCUUUGGGUCUGUACAAGUGUUUGAUGAGGGAACCGAACGGCGACAUCGUGAAAGCCGUGAUCGUCCAGGACCUGGAUGCUCCCAAGUUUUCGCUGGAGGAUCCGUUCUUCGCAAAGCAGAUCGAUAUGAAUAUCGGUAUUAAUAUCCUGCGGCCAGGAAAAGUUUGGGGCACUUACAGGCAUCUGCCUCUACCGCCACGAAAGUCCCUGCCGGUUCCUCAUGGCUACGUGAAUUUAAGGGUCAGAGGAGAUUUGAGCUCCUUGGAAUGGAUGGAGGGCGCGAUCCGUCCUGAUUCGGACGUCAAUCUCGUCAAAGUAGUAUACUCCUCUCUGAACUUCAGAGACGUGAUGUUGGCCACUGGUAAGCUGAUGCCAGAGGCUAUAACGAAAGACCGAGAACUGAAGGACUGUCUCAUCGGAUUCGAGUUCAGUGGGGUAGACAAAAAUGGUCGACGUGUGAUGGGAUUCAUCCAAAGCAAGGCUAUAUCGAACCUCGUCAUCCCCUACAAAUACUCUGUAUGGCCUGUACCGGACGAUUGGACUUUAGAGGACGCAGCAACGGUCCCUAGUGCGUACUUCACGGCCAUCUACGCCUUCUACUACUUUGGACGACUAAAGAAGGGCGAGAAAGUACUGAUCCACGCUGGCAGCGGUGCCGUUGGCCAGGCUGCGAUCAACAUCGCUCUCUUCGAGGGUUGCGAAGUCUUCACCACCGUUGGAACACCUGAAAAAAGGCAAUUCAUUAGAGAAACGUUCCCCAGCAUCGACGAGGAUCACAUCGGCAACUCACGAGACACGAGCUUCGAGCAGAUGGUGAUGAAAGAAACGAACGGCAAAGGUGUCGAUAUAGUCCUGAAUUCGCUGGCGGAGGAUAAGCUCCAGGCCUCGGUUCGUUGCUUGGGUUAUCGCGGUCGCUUCCUAGAGAUCGGUAAAUUCGAUAUGAGCAUGAACAAUAAAUUGGGAUUGGAAGUCUUUUUGAAGGAGAUUAGCUUCCAUGGAAUAAUAUUGGACGCUGUAAUUAGCGGCGUUGUGCCCGCUGUACAGACAGAGAUAUACAACUUCCUCACUUCACGUAUGAAGAUGGUUCCCCUUAAGCCUUUGGUCAGGAAAUGUUUCGGAAAGGAUGAGGUGGAGACUGCAUUCAGGCACAUGGCAGCUGGCAAGCAUAUAGGAAAGAUCCUUAUCAAAGUAGGUGACGAAAAUGAGACCAUCGACACGCCGAUAGUCGCCUAUCCACGGUUCAACGCUGUGCCGAAUAAGACCUACGUGAUGAUCGGAGGCUUGGGUGGAUUGGGUUUGGAGGUAUCCGACUGGUUGGUGAUUCGAGGUGCCAAGAACCUGGUGAUGGUCUCGCGCGGCGGUGUGAAGGACGGCUACCAGCGAAUGAGGAUAGAGACAUGGAAAUCUUAUGGCGUGAACGUGCAGGUCAUUUCUGGCGUAGACGCUGCAACGCCCGAGGGUUGCGAGUUCAUCCUGAAAUCUGCGGAGAAGCAGGCGCCAGUGGAAGGUAUCUUCAACCUCGCGGCGUUGCUGAAGGACUGUCUAUUCGUGAACCAAACCGAGGAGACCUACGUGGAAAGCAUGAAACCUAAAGCAGGAAUCACCAAGCAAUUGGACAUCCUUUCGAGAAAGAUCUGCCCGUCUCUCCGCCACUUCGUGGUGUUCUCCUCUCUCUCGUGUGGCAGAGGAAGCCCUGGACAGACUAAUUACGGCAUGGGCAACGCGGUGCUGGAAAGGAUUUGCGAAAAGAGAGUGGAGGAGGGCCUGCCAGGUAUGGCGAUACAAUGGGGAGCCGUUGGCGAAGUUGGUCUCGCCGCAGCGAUGCUGGAGAACAAGCAACAGCUCGUGGUCGGUGGAACUCUGCAACAGAGGAUAUCGUCGUGUCUGGAAGAGCUGGACAAAUUCCUGUCGCAAAGCCGACCGAUCGUGGCCAGCAUGAUCGUGGCAGAGAAACGUCCUAGCGCCAGCGAAGCCAGUAACGUUCUCGAGGCUGUAAUGAACAUCAUGUGUAUAAAGGACCUCAAAGGCAUCAGCCCAAACUCAUCCUUGGCAGAUCUCGGAAUGGACUCCAUGAUGGCUGUGGAAAUAAAACAAACUCUGGAGCGAGACUACGAAGUGUUCCUAACUCCCCAGGACAUCCGAGUCUUGAAUAUAGCUAAGCUCAUGGAGAUGUCCGCGAAAGACACUAAAAAGACAACGAAACAGACUACGAAAUCCACUGCCAAGGUUGAAAACUUGACAGGAAUACAGCUGUUGAUACGAACAUUGAACGUAUCGAUAAUGAACGCCAAUUAUACCGUGGAGCUUCCCGUCAGAUCUGGCGAAAGGAAGAACCGAGUGUUCGUUGUACCUGGUAUCGAAGGAUCUCCCGUGGUCUUUGCUCCGAUAAUACCGAAACUGAAAGUCCCUGCCAUCUGUUUACAGUUGGGAAUAUUCGAUACGGGACUAUCUAUAGAAGAAAUGGCGGAUCGACUUGUACCGCACGUUUUAGCAAAGAAUCAUGGACGAAGAGACUUCGUUGUCGUGGGAUACUCUUACGGUUCGUUGAUAGCUAUUGAGCUGGUAAGAAGAUUGGAAGCUUAUUCUCUCGUUGGUCACCUUAUACUGAUAGACGGAUCGCCAGACUACAUGAAAGCAUUGAAGUCGAAUCAUCUUAGUUCGUCUACGGUUGACAGCUUCGAAAACAACCUUCUCCUCGGCGUAAUGCAAGCUACAAAGGCGAUCGAUGCCAUGCCAGUGUACAAGCAGGAGUUAACCGAGUGCAAAAAUUGGGAGGAGAAAUUAGACAAACUAGUCCGCCAUACGCCUCCUGACCUUCAGGCAAUCUACUCUAUCGAGGCUCAGAAAGGAAUUUGUACGUUCAUGUACCAGCGUCUGUGCGCUAUGGACGACUACGACUGCAGCUCUAAGGAACUUCUAAGGACGCCUAUCACGUUAUUGAAGCCAACGAUACAAGCCGCAGAAAUAGAUGAUCCAACUUACGGAUUAUCUAAGUUGACUCAUGGAAGAGUAACUGUACACGUAAUCGAGGGUAACCAUAUCUCGAUGCUGGAGAGUGCAAAAGUCGCAGCAACUAUCAAUGGCGAACCUUUGGAAGAUGAGAAAGUGUUUAAGGAUAAUCUGAGUGUCGUGUCCAAUGAAUUGGAAGUGCAUACUUCCAGUACUGGCGUAACUUCGAAUUCGUGAGAAAUUAAACCCUAAGGAUAUAUUGGUUUCAGCAAAGCCCAUCAUUUUUAUGUAAUUUUCAUCGUACAUGAAUAAAUGAAAAACUCAAUGUUAAUGAAA